UCCCGGAAGUGCUAGGAAAUCCCUCCAAUCAGAGGCUCCAGGCGGGAAGUUUGAAUUGGGCUCCACUAGUAGGCUUCAGCGCGUCGGAGGCAAAGCAGGACCUCCUGAGCCAAAAGGCUUUCCUAUUUUCACUCUGGUUGAGCUUUCACGCUAGAAGGUGCCUCAGGAUGUCUUUGUAUUUUGUCAGCCGUCACAGAAAGGAUUUAAGUACUGAGAUGAUCAGAACUAAACUCGCUCAUAGGAAAUCUCUGUCUCAAAAAGAAAACAGACAUAAGGAGUACGAACGCAACAGACACUUCGGUUUGAAAGAUGUCAAUAUUCCAACCUCACAGAGCAAGGCUUUUGUGGAAUUACAUGAGACAUCUCAAGAACUUGUUCCAGAAAAGUCCAAUAUCAAGCCACAGUCGCUGAAAACUGUUCUAAGUGAUCAACGCAAACAAAUGCUCCAGAAAUACAAAGAGGACAAGAAGCUCCAGAAACUGAAAGAGCAGAGGGAGAGAGCCAAGCGGGGAGUGUUUAAAGUGGGCCUCUUUACACCCGACGUCCCCGCCUUCCUUUCAUCAGGGCCCUGUGUCAGGAAAGCUGAGCCGAAAAAGGCUGCUCCAUCUUCUGUACGAAUCACAAGAUCCAAGGCCAGGGACCAAGUGGAACCCUCUAAGCUCCCUGCUGCGAGUGAUGUCCAAGUGGCCGGCCCUGGAGGAAGACAGGCCGCUCACAGGAGGGCACUGGACAAAGAAAAUAAAGUUGUGACUCCCGUGGCUCCGGUGCCCAUCAGGAUGACACGAUCGGCUACUCAGGCCACCAAGCAGGUCCCCAGGCCCGUCCCCACUGCCACAGUCAGAAAGCCAGUCACGAGGGCUGCCCAGGAUAAUGAACCAGAAAGAAAGGCACCCAGUAGAGGAAGACCCGCCGCAAAGGUCGAAACGAAAGCUGACAAGGCCGUUUCUUUUAAAGUCCAUAGUGAAGGAGAUUCGUCACAUACCAGUGCCACAAAGGAGACGGAGCCAGACAGAGUCUUAGCGAAGCCGGGAAACCUCCCGAAGACAAGAGGCAAGAAUUCUUUCGCACCUCAAGACUUCGUGUUCCAGCCCCUGGAGGGAGUGAGGACCUAUCAGGUGAUGCCCAUGACGCCCAGGAGCGCCGAGGCUUUCCUGACGCCCAGCCUCACCUGGAACCUCGCACAGCCCUCAGGUGAUAAGAUGCAAGAAACAAGAAAAGAAAUCUUGGCCCCAAAAUGUAAAACUUUUACCAAGACUGUGCAGCAGGAUUCAUUCCUAUGUCCCCUGGAUUCCGUAACAGUUUUCAAAGAAGCUUUAUUUGUAGAAUGUGGCUUAAGUCAAAAUGCAGUUGCUCCUGAAGAUCCCGACGGCCUGUCUGGAGACAAAGCCUUACCGCUGGAGACCUGUGGAGGUCAGAUCCCCGAGCCACAGCACGAUGUGCCGUAUUUCAGAAAUAUCCUCCGCUCUGAAACUGAGAAGUUAACUUCACACUGCCUGGACUGGGACCGGAAGCUCGAGCUAGACAUCCCCGACGACGCGAAAGAGCUCAUCCGCACAGCAGUGGGCCAAACACGACUCCUCAUGAAGGAGCGGUUCAAGCAGUUUGAAGGCCUGGUGGACGACUGUGAAUAUAAACGUGGCCAGAAGGAGACCACCUGCACCGACCUGGAUGGGUUUUGGGAUAUGGUUAGUUUUCAGAUAGAAGACGUAAAUAAAAAAUUCAUCAAUCUGAUGAAACUUGAAGAAUCCGGAUGGCAAAACAGUACCACAAGCAAAAAAGUCUUACGGAAGAAGCCGGUCCCCUGCACAGGGAGCCAGCGGAGUGCGGAGGACGGCGCGCGUGCGGCCGCCAGGAGCCGUCUGGCCGCGGUCAAGAACGCAAUGCGCGAGCGGCUGAGACAGGGCACUAAGGGGGCCGAGGCCGGGGCCGCCGACUGCAUCGUAUUCGACGCCGGCUUCUUCAGGGUCGAGAGCCCGGCCAAGUCUUUCUCAGUGCUUUCCUGCGAACGCCGGUCACAAAGGCUUGGGUCGCCUAAGUCUGUCACCAGAGUAGUUCCUGAGAGCAGAGCUGACACCAACCUUCAGAGACAGAGGACAUCACCAGACAGCCCUGGCCCUCGAGGCACCCAGAGUGGACAUGGAGAGGAGAAGUCUUCAUUGGCAGAAAUUCCUGAGAGCAGGAGUGGUGCCAUGGAAGAUGCGCAGUGUCAUGGAUCCCAAGACUUGACAAAAGUGAGCCAGUUUCAGGAUGUAACUAAGACAGACUUGGAGAUGAAUUACUUAUCCCACAAAGCAGUGAGUUCGCAUCUUCUUGCUGGUAGUGACCCGACCACUGCUAAAGAGGAGAGUUCGGGCGGCACGGAAAGGAUGGAGCUGAAUUCCUCCUUUACCACCCAGGAUGCUCCAAUGGACAGUCCUGAGAAAAGCUCACUGUCACAGAGUGACGCCCUGCAGGAAGCAGCAGUGACAGCCUCUCAGUCAGUACCAUUUGAUACCGAAGCUGUCACCACUGAAUACCACCUUCUUGAUUCACCAGGCCCAACCCGCAUCGACCCCUCAGCCUGGGCAGGACGGAAACUGCAAGGAACCCGACUGGCCUCCUUCGGCGGGAACCUGAUCUCCUUCUCCCCGCUGCAGCCCUUUCCGGCAGAGCAGCUAGAAGAUGUGUGACUGCACAAAUCCACGCCUGUGUCUGCCUUGGGGAUGAGUUGCACUGGAAAUCUGGAAGACAGAGACUGGUGUCCACCCCGUGCAGUCCUCUCUGCCGGCGUCCUGGUGUUUUCCUGCCCAGCGGCCAGCCCAGUGUGUUUUAGGCGGGAUCCUUCUGGGGGGUGGGGGGCUUUGUACACUUACCACACAGAAUAAUAAAAAGCAGACUUGGUCUUGC